AUGCUUGGUAACUUCGGGGACGGGGGAGCGGCCAGGAACCGCAGGCUCCCUUCCCGCUCGAAGUUCCUGGAUGCUUUCAGCACGUGGACCUACGGCGCCCCUCUCGAGAGCCUGCAGUGCGCGGUCCCGGGAUGGCCUGCCGGGUCCGGGACGUUCAACCGCGCCCCUGCCGGGCCCGUCCUCGGAGCGGGGCCCGGCCCCGCGGGGCCGCCGGGCGCGGAGGCCGCCCUGGCUGGCGCUGCGCUGGCCGGCCCUGAGGAGACUGUGGGCCUCCGGAAGAGGCACAGGCACGUGGGGCGCCGGGGAGCCCGGGAAACGCGGGGUGCAGGCUGGAGCUUCCCGUUUACCUGUGAGGGCAAUUGUGAAUUAAAUAGCUCUUCCUACCACUUCCCCCUUUUAUUAGCAGAGACCUCGGAAUCCCAAGCGUUGGUCCCGCUUCAGUCCCAGCAGCCGCCGCAGAGCACCGUAGAACAGAGCCAACCCGUCCAGCAGGGAGAGAAGCCCAUAAUUACCUUGGAGUCUGCAGUCAACCAGAAGAGGGUGGAGUUGAAGUCAGCACCGAAGCCUGAGAGUGAAGGCAAGUUAGAAAAGCAAGCAGAUGAGGUCAAACCACGACCUAGACCUGGAGACCUGAUUGAGAUUUUUCGAAUUGGCUACGAGCACUGGGCCAUCUACGUGGAAGACGACUGUGUGGUCCACCUGGCCCCCCCGACUGAAGGAAUUGGGGCCCGUAGCAUCACUUCGAUCUUCAGCAACCGCGCAGUGGUAAAAUACAGCCGUCUGGAGGACGUGCUCCAUGGCUGCUCCUGGAAGAUCAGCAACAAGCUGGACGGGACAUACCUGCCCCUCCCUGUGGAGAAGAUCAUGCAGCGCACCAGAAACAUGGUCAACAAGAUAGUGCAGUACAGCCUGAUGGAAGGGAACUGCGAGCACUUCGUCAACGACCUCAGAUACGGCGUGCCCAGGAGCCAGCAGGUAGAGCACAUUCUGAUGGAAGGCGCCAAGGCUGCAGGCGUCGUCAUUUCGGCUGUUGUGGAUGGCAUAAAGCCCAAACCGGAAGGAGCCUUGCUUGCUUCUUAGGCCAACUCUAGUCUGCAGUGCUGGGAAAGCUUCAGGAACAUCAUGGAGAGCUUCUGUUUAAACAUUUCCAAUAAUGAAGAACUCUUUGCAGAAGUUCUUUCCAUUCAGUGAAAAUGUCUCCAGUUUCUUUCCAUAUAACAACCUCGCCCUUUUGGGCCCACAGUGUAGUUUGUGGGAGUGGGGAGGAAGGGAUCGCUCUCAGUGCCAACUGUGCUUUAAUCGGAGAACUCAUUGCCAAGGACUAUUUUCUUUCUAAAGUU